AUGAGCCAGGCCUAUGGAGGAAUGAUACCACAGAUGCAUCCAUAUCUUACCCAACAACAACAACAACAGCAGCAACAACAACAUGUUGUUCCACAUCUAACACAACAACAACUUGUUGCUGUUGCCCCACAGCCUCAACAACAACAACAGACACAGCAACAACAACAGACAUUCGCCACGCAACAAACAUCGAACAACUCCAAUCCAGCCCAGGCGGUACCAACUGGCACAUCACCAACUAGUUUGGCCAGUCCAGGUGGUCUGACAUCAAGCAACAAACGUGUGACAAUAUCCCAACAGACCUGUCUGGUCGAGGAGAAGUUCUCAAAGAAUGGCGUGCAGAAGAAUGUACACGUCGUGGUCAAGAACAACCCAUUCCUGCUCACAUUGUCAUUGAUGGACAACUCGUUAAACUUCCAUCAGAUGUCGCCCGAGGUGCAGUUGGUGUAUGACGCCGAGAACUUGAAGGAGGUGGACUCAGCCACGAUGAAGCCACUCGAGUACAAGACACGUGCCAACGAAGAUGGCGACCAACUGACUGUUGAGCUCAGGAUCAAGGUGUUAUCCAGCCAGCUCGAGGACAUGUUGUUCCGCGCCCGUGUGCGCAUUGUUGAUCCACGCACACGCAAGGAGAUCCCGGGCCUGACAGUUGUCUCGCAUCCAAUUCGCGUUGUGUCCAAGCCUGACCAGGUCAAGAAGAAGGCCAAGAAGAGAAAGAGAGCGCCAACCGACUCGUUGAUGGACACACUCAACAGAAUUGAGCACCAGCAGAAGGAGCAGCAGCGUCUUCUCAAGAAGUUGUAUCACUUUGACAAGGAUAUCAACCUGCCCGCGCUACUCGCCAACCGAGGCAACACCCCAACGAUCGUUGAACCAACACUAUUAGCUGGCGCCAAGAAGGAUGACUCUGAGACUACGCCCACGUCCAAGGACUCUAUACAACAACAAGAGACUACACUUGAAGUGCCAGACGCCACAACCACUGCUCUAUGUGAGGUCAAGAGUCCAACUGCCAAGAGCACAUCAGCCAUUGACACUCCAUGUGACAAGGACGACUUCCAAAAGGUGUUCAAGGAGUUCAUUGGCGCAUUCAAACAACUUCAAUGUCUGGACCAGGAUGGCGCGGACAAUGACUUCAAGAUCAAUACCUGCGCAAACGACGCGCAGACCAUGUGCGAGAUCCUCGAGCUGGUCAAGCAGGAGAUGAAGAACGACGAGUCGUACAAGUCACGCAACCAAGGAUCGGAGCCAUCAGCCGAUUCGCUCUGCUCGUGCAAUCCAUGUCCGUACAAGGCCAAGGUGGACCACAUCAACCAGUCCUACGAAAGCUACUUCAACAUGUUUGGCAUGGCGACGAAUGCUGCCUCACAGAGCUCCAACCAACUGGUGGUGCCACAGUUAGACGCGUCUGUGCCAACAGCCGCAUCUUCUUCAGCGGCAGUUAUAUAUCCGGCCACGGCAACACCAUCAGUGGCCACAACAAUCGAUCAACAACAACUUCAUCAACAUCUACAACUUCAACAUCAACAACAGCAACAACAGUUGCAGCAACAGUAUCUACAACAACAACAUCAGCAACAACAACAGCAACAAUUGCAACAACAAUAUAUUCAACAACAACAUCUACAACAACAAUAUCAAUACCAAAUGCAACAGCAACAACAACAUCAACAUCACCUCCAACAACAACAUCAGAUGGGACUUGUACAACAACAACAACAACAACAACAUACUAUGCAACCAACUACAAUUGAACAACAACUCUAUCUACAGCAACUACAACAACAUCAACUGAUGAUCCAGCAACAACAGCAACAACAACUGACUGCCAACAACGCAUUCAUCGACUUCAACAUGAUGGGAUACCAAGGUGGACUGCUGAGUGAUCUUGGCUUCUCCGCUGUCUAA